UUGCAAGGGCUUUUCAUUUGAGCCUCAGAAUUCAUCCCCGACGGUCACUAUUCUUCCGUUUCCUUUCUCCUCCGACGAAGAAUAAUCUGAGUGUUGACCGCCCAUUUCCUAUGGCGCUGCUUCAGCAGGCUUGCUUUGUGCCACUCGUACGCGCAGCUCGUUCCCGGUCCCUCACAAUUCCUCCUCGCGCCUCUCUUGUUCCCGCCUUAACAAAAUCAACACCGCAUGCCGACUCUCAUGUCCUCCUUGGUAUGUCUGAACAAGAGCUCCAGCAACUUGCAGUCGAUUUGGGUCAGGAAAAGUAUAGAGGGAAGCAGCUUUACCAGCUAUUGUACAAGAGGAAGAUGAAGGAGAUUAAAGAUUUAAGUCAUUUGCCUCAGGUGUUUAAAGAUAAUCUUCAGGAAGCUGGAUGGAGGGUUGGGCGUUCUCCGAUUCAUGAAUCAGUCAAGGCAGCAGAUGGCACUGUCAAGUUGCUAAUAAAGCUGGAGGACAAUAGACUAGUUGAAACUGUUGGUAUACCAGUGGUAGAUGAAGAUGGCGGUUCAAUGCGCCUAACAGCAUGUGUCUCAUCACAGGUUGGUUGCCCUCUUCGUUGCUCCUUCUGUGCAACGGGCAAGGGGGGAUUCUCAAGGAACCUUCAACGACAUGAAAUCAUUGAUCAGGUUCUGGCAAUAGAGGAUGUUUUCAAAAACAGGGUCACAAAUGUGGUGUUCAUGGGAAUGGGCGAGCCUAUGUUGAACAUGAAAGCGGUUCUUGAUGCACACCGAUGCUUGAAUAAGGAUAUUCUAAUUGGGCAAAGGAUGAUAACCAUUUCAACUGUUGGUGUUCCAAAUACAAUCAAGAAGUUGGCUUCUCACAAGCUUCAAUCAACCUUGGCUGUCAGUUUGCACGCUCCAAACCAAAAGCUCAGGGAAAGCAUUGUGCCUAGUGCAAAAUCCUAUCCACUCGAAGCAUUAAUGAAAGAUUGCAAAGACUACUUCACUGAAACCAAUAGGCGUGUCUCUUUCGAAUAUGCCCUUUUAGCCGGGGUAAAUGAUGCUACAGAGCACGCAAUAGAACUCGCUGAGUUGCUCCAACGUUGGGGCCAUUCUUAUCAUGUGAACCUCAUACCUUUCAACCCAAUUGAGGAUUCUGAGUACCGUCGCCCAUACAGAAAAGCGGUGUUGGCAUUUUCGAAAGCUCUAGAGUCCCGCAAAAUUACUGUGAGUGUGCGGAUUACUCGAGGCCUUGAUGCAAAUGCUGCCUGCGGACAACUUAGAAACAAGUUUCAAAAGAGCCCUCUGCUUACAGAUUCCAAUAUCGAUGAUCUCAAAGUGGAAGAAGGCCCUCUGCUUACAGAUUCAAAUAACGGGGAUCUCAAAGUGGAAGAACAGGAGGAUCUAGCUGCGGUUGCUUGUUGAUGUGAAAAUAUUCUUAGGCUUCCUUCCCUUCUCUUCUCCUUUCAUUGACAAUGAAGAGACUCCUUACUAUCUAACACUAUGUAUGAUCUAAAAACGUGUAUUACUUUUGUGGUUUAUUUGAAUUAAAUUAAUAUAUCAUUAAAAUUUUGUAUAA